UUCAUGUUCGAGCGCAUUUUGUUCUGUCUGAAACCGGCCGCCAUACUCAAACAAAAAGAUUGAGAUGAAAAGAUAAAUUUAUUUUUAUUGGAACUUGUUGAAAGUGUUUUAAUUUGCUAAAUGAGUUCUAAAUCAGAUGUAAAUAGAAGAGUACUCGCCAUUCAGGCGAAAAAGAAGAGGCAUAAAUUAGGAAAGAAAAAAAACCGUGAGGAAGAUCACGGCGCUGGUGGACAGGGAAACGGGCUGCGCAAUCAAAACCAGAAUCGUCUUGAACCUACACAUAGUUCAUCUAAUGAAACGAUUGAGGAAGACGAAGAUGAACAAUACGCGUGUAGCGACGACGAAGAGCAGGAAGAUAGCGCCGAUUAUUGCAAGGGUGGUUACCAUCCUGUCAAAAUCGGAGAUCUAUUCCUGAAUCGCUACCACGUCACUAGGAAGUUGGGUUGGGGUCACUUUUCUACUGUAUGGCUGUGUUGGGAUCUUGUGGAUAAAAGAUUCGUCGCUUUAAAGGUUGUCAAAUCGGCACCUCACUUCACAGAGACGGCGUUGGACGAAAUUAAAAUCUUAAAAGCUGUCCGUGACAGUGACCCGUCGGAUCCGAAGAGAAACAAAACUGUUCAACUUCUCAAUGAUUUCAAAAUCACUGGAGUAAAUGGCACUCAUGUAUGUAUGGUUUUUGAAGUGUUAGGGCAUCAUUUACUGAAAUUGAUUCUAAAGUCUAAUUAUAGAGGGAUUCCGCGUGAAAAUGUAAAAACCAUUAUACGCCAAGUUUUGGAGGGCUUGGAUUACCUUCAUACUAAAUGUAAAAUAAUUCAUACUGAUAUUAAACCUGAAAAUGUGUUAGUGUGUGUUGAUGAAGCUUACAUCCGCAAGCUAGCAGCUGAAGCUACAGAAUUACAUUCCUUGGGCCUUAGGUUACCCCAUUCCCUUAUAAGCACGGCACCUAAAGAAUUUCAAGAGCAAGUUGUAACUGGUAAGAUGAGUAGAAAUAAAAAAAAGAAAUUAAAGAAAAAAGCUAAACGACAAUCAAUGUUACUUAAGAAACAGAUGGAACAGAUUGAAGAAAUCGAAGAACAAAAGAAGGGUUCCAACAGUGAAACAGCACCUAUGUCCCAGGACAAUGAUGACUCUCCUCAAACACCGGAGGAGGUUAGUGUCAUAGAAAAUACUCGAUCCGACAAUGAUUCUAACAUUAAUGGGUGUAAUGAUAUGCAAAGACCCGAUGAUGAUGUAUUUGACACUGAUGCUGAAUCAGUGCAAGUGAGAAAGCAGUACAUGAGUGGGGAUGACGCUGGUACUCCUAUGUCCGAAGGGGAAAUGACUGACACCCCACCUUCUUUCAAUUCUCAAAAUAAAGGAAAAACUGAAAAGAGACCCGACCCUGCAUUUGAUGUUUGUGAUGUCGAAGUUAAAAUUGCUGAUCUCGGUAACGCUUGCUGGGUCCAUAGACACUUCACAGAAGAUAUCCAGACUAGACAGUAUCGUUCCUUAGAAGUUUUACUCAGUGCGGGCUACGGUACUUCUGCAGAUAUCUGGAGUACGGCUUGUAUGGCAUUUGAGCUGGCAACUGGAGAUUAUUUAUUUGAACCUCAUUCUGGUGAUGGCUACAGCCGUGAUGAAGAUCAUUUAGCACACAUCAUCGAGCUACUUGGAGACAUUCCUAAGAGAAUUGCAGGUUCAGGGAAGUAUUCUAAGAUAUUUUUCAAUAAGAAGGGUGAAUUGAGAAAUAUAACAGGGCUUAAACCUUGGGGCCUAGUUUCUGUUCUUACUGAAAAGUAUGAAUGGAGUCAGAAGGAUGCAGAGGAGUUUGCGGAGUUCUUGAAACCUAUGUUAGAUUUUGAUCCGAAUCGGAGAGCUACGGCAUACGAGUGUCUCCAGCACAGUUGGUUGCAGGUUGAAAAGUCAGAACAAAAUGAGUCGGAGGAUUAACUGCUCUCUGUCAAUGAAUGUUCACACAUUCAUGAAAUCAGUAGUGUCAACAUUCUAUGUAUUUCUGUGUUUUACGUUUUAAUCAAAGUUUAUUUAUGGAUUUGUUUGUGAAUAGUUUAAUUUGUAUCUAGAUGUUUUGUUAGCUGCCCUUGUUUUGAGAGUUAAAUUGUGUGCAUAUGAGAGGAUAUUGUAUAUGAACAUCUUAGUCAACCAUACUCUGAGGUAGCAAUGUAUAUAAUACAAAUGUUCCUCAUGUCCUAGUAUCUAAUUAGAUUGGCAUUUAUAAAUCUCCAAAUUCCCCAAAAUUGUACAGAUAGCUGUAGUAAAAAUUGUGAUGUAUGAUGACAUAUAGACAAUAUAGGUUUGGUCACAUAAAGUUAGAUAUGAUAGUUGACAUAGUAUUGCACCAUACCACCUAAACUGUGAAGAAUCAUGCAAGAUUUUGCAUGCAUGUAGCCAUUCAGGUAGUAAAUAUGUUCACAUAGUUUAAGUUUGUCUUUUAUCACUAUCACAAAAAUCUCAUAAUGUAAACUUAGAGAUAAGACAGUAUUUGUAAAGCCACUUUUCCGAGACUGCCUUUUUAUAUAUAUGAAUGAGUCAUAUAAAAAAAAAAACUAGGAAUGGUUGCAAUCAUCUGUUAUCGAGAGGCAGUGACACAGUGACCUUAACCAGUUAAUAGUUAUAUUAUUUACCAUAGAUCCCAAUUUACAUGACCAUAAUUUGUAUUAAUUAUAUCUGCAAAUUUACAUAAAUAAAAUUAUGAAACGAGCUUGUUA